GAAUAAACAACCAACAUGUCUGGACGUGGUAAGGGUGCCGGAAAGGUCAGAGCCAAGGCGAAGACCCGCUCCUCCAGGGCCGGGCUCCAGUUCCCGGUCGGCCGUGUCCACAGGCAUCUGAGGAAGGGAAACUAUGCCGAGCGAGUCGGUGCCGGAGCUCCCGUCUACCUGGCGGCGGUGCUGGAGUACCUGACCGCUGAGAUCCUGGAGCUGGCUGGAAACGCCGCCAGAGACAACAAGAAGACCAGGAUCAUCCCCCGUCACCUGCAGCUGGCUGUCCGCAACGACGAGGAGCUGAACAAGCUGCUGGGAGGAGUGACCAUCGCUCAGGGAGGAGUGCUGCCCAACAUCCAGGCGGUGCUGCUGCCCAAGAAGACCGAGAAACCCGCCAAGAAGUAAACCCCAAGGCCCGGUUCCUUCAACACAACGGCUCUUUUAAGAGCCACACACCUUUUACCUUAAAGAGCAAGAUCCCAGUGCUGUUC